AUGUAUAAUGACAGCACAGUUUGUCAUCCACUCCUCCUUUCACAAGGAAACAAGAGUGAGAAGGGAUUGUGUGAUGAUACCACAUCAGCUGUUGUUAUUUCAGCAAUUAUCCUCUUUAUUCACACAUGUUUGUUAUUAGUUUCGGUUGGAGGUUUAGUUUAUAAAUUGAGAAUGUUGCAUAUUCUCCAAAAGGAACACAAACAAGUUGUGAAUUAUUUGCAGGUUGCCAGGAAUCCAGCAUUGAUGGUCAUGGGAGCAAUUAUUGGAUGGACCUAUACUUUCGUAUUAAUGACUAGAGUGUUAAUUGGACGAAAGAUUUAUCCAUGUUUCAUAUUUUCACUAAUCUAUUAUUUGGCUGUGCCUGCACUUUCGAAUACUGUCAUAUUGAGAUGUAUUAGAUUGUUGGUAUUGACCAAACUGAACGAAUUGAAAGUGAGGAUUGGAAAGAGACAAUAUGACUUGCAUGCAACAACAUCAUCAGAAAAUAUGAAACCACUUAUGGAUGCAAAUGUGAGUUUGGAUAUAUUGGAAACAUUGAAUAAUACUCCUCCAUCUGCCAACAACCCAUUGACAACUGACACUGAAAUGAAAGAAUUGAAAGUUCAUUCAGAAACAAGCAGUGUUUCUAGCUCAUCUGGAUUAUUGAAAGCUACCAAUAGAACCUCAUUGUCAGCAUUGACAGUUGGCAGAACUUCAAGCAUUAUGUCACAAUUCACAAUCGAACCAAAAGAUAUCACAACUGACAAACCACUUGAAGACGAAAUGAUUUUCAGAAAAGAAACUCUAUUAGAAUCAUUCGAAAGAGGCAAAUUAAUUUCCAUUAUGAGAUUUCUAGUGAGCUCCAAAUUUAUUUUCAUUUAUUAUGGAUUAUUACUAGCUCUACACAUUUUAAUUUUCCUAAUUAUUGGCACAAUUGACUAUUUCAAUUUUCAAAAUACUGGAGGUGCAUCAAGCAAUUCGAGAAAUAGCUUUACAAUUGAUAGUUAUUUAUUUUCACCAUCUGGAUGUGGAACUGGAUCUUACAAUCAAAAUAUUUUCAUUAGUUAUUUUGCCUUUUAUGGAUUUAUUGGAGUUUUACUGUUAUUGUUUUCAUUCUUUACCAAGAGAGAUGUUUGGCAUAUUAAGAUUGAGGUUAUUGUUGUGAUAUUUGGAUGGGUUUUUUUUAUUGUAUUGUAUGCUGUGCCUUCUUUAUUCACUAUUUUUACAACCUAUAUUGAUUAUUAUUUCCCAUGGACGAUUACAAUUUUAAUUGGAAAUAUGUGGGAUACAUUAAUUUCAUUCACGUAUCCUGUAUUCUUCCUUCAAAGAUUCAAAUCUGACAAGAAACAACAUACAGAAAGCACUCCAUCAGUUGAUUCUAAACUUCAACAUUCGAAACCUUCUGAAAGUAGCAUUCGAAAGAUUUUACUGAAUGAAAAGUGGAAUAAUCUCUUUCUGAAAUUCUCAGAAAAAUGUUUUGCAUGUGAAGAUGUCAUGAUGUGGAAUGCCAUUGAGAAAUUCAAAACAAUCAAAUCAGAAAAACAAAGAAGAGAAUUAUUUUACAAUAUUUGUAAUACUUAUAUUCGAAUUGGAGCUCCUCUUGAAUUGAACAUUUCAAGAAAGGAUUUUGGAAUUCCAGAAAUUGAGAAAAUCUUCAAAUCCCUAAAAGACAGUACCAUUAAUUUUGCUUCUAAAAAUGGAAAUGUUUCACCUUCUCCAAAAUUGAAUAUUUCUCCAAAGCAAACUUCCACAAAUCCACAAGAUAUGAGUUUCCUCUUUGCCAUCACUCCUGAAAUAUUUGAUAGAAUUCAAACAGCUUGUGAACACAACAUGUUGGAUAAUUACACUCGUUUCCAAGCAUCAUAUGAGAAACAAUUGGAAAAGGAGCUAAGCAUUUUACCCAAAAUGAAGGUCUAG